UGUAACGGAAGAGAUGGGUGAAUGAUUUUGACGUUUCCAUUCUCUCGUCAUGUUCCUCGCUCUAUUUUGUGACGCCCAAAAUAAAUCCCCUAUUUAGUAUAUCAGAUUCAAUCCCUAAUUGCGAUUCAAUCUUUGUUCAUUCAAUUUCAGAUUCAGUACUUCCAUCUUUUCAUUAUGAUUUAAUGGUCGGUCCAAAUUCCCAUUCAAUUUCAGAAUUUCUGAAAUCAAUAACGAGUCUAGGUUUGCCUUAAUAAUGAGAUUUCUCAAAUUCCCAUUCAAUUUCAUCGAUUCAAUUGACUGCUGCUUCUAUAAAUUGUCUCUGAAAAUCGCAGAACAUCAUCAUUCUCACCGGUUCGACAUUUGCCCAAACAGAGAAAGCAAUGGCAUCACAGGUUACCUGCAAACUUCAAAAGGUGGGAUCCUCAGCCACACAUGACACAGUCAAGAGCUUACGAUUGCUUGACGAAGAAAAAACAAGCAUCAUUACCGUCCGUGUUACCAGGAAAUGGGAAGAGUUGGAUUUCAUGUCGACCAACGACGUUACCAGCGUUGAUAUGGUCAUUGUUGACAAGCAGGGAGAAGAGUUGCAUGUCGUCAUACCCAAAAUUCUUAUUUGGAAGUUUGAUAAGCAGAUUCGGGAGGGUGUCUGUGCUCUAUGCAGAAACUGUACUUGACCACUGCUAAACCCAAGUUCCGUCCUGCACACAAUGAGAGGCGGGGCUUCUUCCGGUGCACCACCUUCGUCACCGCUUUGGAUGCCUAUUCUGUGGCCAUUAUUCCCCAGAAAUUUUGUUUCACUAAGUUUGAAGACAUAGAAUCGAACCUUCAGAACAUACAUCUUACAGAUGUGGUUGGUUUCCUAAAAACAGUCACCAACAUCCAGUUGCUUCGAAGGUCUGGUGGGCAAUCAAGCCGAAUGCGCGAGAUCGCAAUUGAAAAUCUCAGGGGCACAACUAUGAAAAUUGCUCUAUGGGGAUCUGCUGCCAACCAAGUAGGGAAUGACCCAAUUGAUUGCGACUCCAUCCCCCAUCCUGUGUUGGUUGUGGUGUGCUCCACUUUUGUUAAGAACUACCAAGGGAGAAUCACCCUAUCUUCGACAAAUGCCACCAAAGUGUAAGCGGAUGCAGACAUACCCGAAGUUGUUGAAAUGCGAGAAAGAUUAGUAAAUACCUUCUUAAUGUCAUCUUCGUUUUCUACCAAUCCUACUCUGUUUUCACUUAAUAUUGUUUGAGGCUCAUUCAACCAUCAUUGGAUGAUAUGCAGGUGCCCUUAUGCUAGACCACCGCGCCAUAUUACAGUACCUAUUAAGAAAAGGAAAAGUACCUAUACAUAUCGAUCCUGACAACAGGAAAAUAAUAUCUCAUCUGCUAGGUUGUAUUUCCAUUCCCGGAAUAACCGAGUGUAGAUGGUGGAUUUUCGACAAGGGAUAAAAUCAUAAAACCAUAAUUAUACAUGCUCCUGAUCCAGCAAUCAGAUGAGUAUUGAGGCUCAUGUCUCUCAUCGAAGCAUGGAAGCUCAUGCCGC